AUGGCGUCUCCGUCCGCCGCCGCGCGCAAGCAGCAGGAGGCUCUGCGCCGGGUCCUGACACGCCAGUCGCUGCGCCUCUGGGCCUCCAAGGCCGCGCAGGAGCGCGCGCACCUGGCCGAGAGCCUGCUGCAGCUCUUCUCGUCGGGCCAGGCGUCCAGCGGCGCCGCAGUCGCCCCCGCGGACCUGGCGGCGCGCCCCAUCACGCGCCGCCCGGGCGUGGAGGAGGUCAAGGGCUGCGUGCUCUCCAGCGUGUACCCAUGUCUGCCGCCGCAGUGCGACGCGCUGCGCGGGGAGAUCUGGCAGGUGCUGCUCAACGUGUACAAGCGCAACCAGCACGGCUCGGCCGCGCAGGAGUUCGACCGCAUGCUGCAGCGGCUGGGCAAGCUGCCGCGCGACCCGCUGCUGGUCGACGAGUGCGGCGACGUGGCCGAGAUCCUCGAGCCGGCGGACGCCAAGGCGCGCGAGCGCGUGCAGCAAGAGCUCGAGGUGCUGCUCAUGUGGUUCCUGACCACCAAGAGCGUGGCCUACUCGACGGGCAUGGCGCGCGUGGUGGCGCCCUUCUUCCUGCUCAAGAUGCCGCUGCCCACCAUCUACGACUGCUUCUACCAGUACUGCGCGCACUUCCUGCCACACUUUGUGGUGGCCGACAGCCUCUUCGCGGACGCGCCGGGGCUCGGCGCCGUGGGUGGCGGCUUGGGCAGCAACAGAGGCAGCAGCAGCAGCAUGGACGAGGCCUACGCCGGCUCGUCUGGCCUGCAGAGAUCCAGCUCCAUGGACUCGACGUCGUCUCUGGCCGAGGAGAGCAAGCGGCGUGCGGACGAGGAGGAGGCGCAGGCGCUGCGGCGCGAGCGCCAGCAGUUGGUGGAGCAGUUGCUCAGCUACCACGCGCCGCAGCUCGCGCACUGCCUGAACCAGUGGUGCGGCAACGAGUGGAGCGUGGCUGGCAAGCUCUUUGCCGCGGACUUCCUGCUGGGACACCUGUACCAAGUGGUCCCGCCCGCCGCCUUUGUGUUCGUCAUGGACCAGUACCUCCUGACUGGGGACUCGCUGUUCGGCCUGUUCUUCGUGAUCGCGGCGCUGAUUCAAAGGGAGGAAGAGCUCACGAGCUGCGACUCGACGGAAAAGGUGCAGGACCAGGUCCGAUCCACGUUUGCCGCCAAGGCGUUUGAGGACGAGGAGAAUGUGCGCUACCUGUGUCUGCUGGCCUCACGACUGCGUAGCAAGACGCCCAAGACGUACAAGUGCUCGCAGCGUGAGGCCACGGCCGACAUCAGGUGCUCGUCGCGUCAGGCGAUCGAGAUUGCCUACGGAUCGGGCGCUGGUAUGGCGGCUAAGAAAGCACGGGCGCAGUCGAACAAUGGCAGUUUGAGUGGCCCGCCCUCGUCGAGCAACAGUUUGAGCGGCCCACCGAGCUCAGAUCGGAAGUCCACAGCCGAAGCUGCGGUGGAUAUGUCUCAAUGGGUGAUGAAGGAGUCGCGCUCGAUUGCGGGGAAGAUCUUUUGGUACCAUACCCAGACAGGAAAGACGCAGUGGGAGCACCCUGCGGAGAAGCACGACCCACCCUCUGCUUACUUCGCGUUGCCCAUCAGCGUCGAGGAAGUGGGGCCGCAGCUCAUGGGUGGUGGUGACAAGUCAAGCGAUCAGCAGCAGACUGGGAUGAGUAAUCUCCGCUUCUUUGUGGUCGACUGCCGCGGUUUGCGCAGCUCCGAGGACCUCAAGAGCGGUCGCAUUCCUGUGGCGUACACGCUGGACCCUUCGGUGUUCGACUCGCCGGAGCUGAUCGCGAAGAGCAUGGAAGCGUUCAACCCGAUGAAGUCCCAAGUCCACGUGGUGCUGGUGGGUCAUGGUGUCGGCAUCCCACCGGAGCUUGUGACCUCGGAGGAUGUCAAGACGAGUAUUCGGGAUGCCGUCCGUUUGGAUACAGACUGCCUCAACCAAGCGGCCCUCUUCUUCCAGAAGCGCGGGUUCCGGUUUGUCAGUACGCUGGAUGGUGGAUACUCUUCGUGGCAUGCGUUCAUGCGCGAUCGCGCUGGCUCCUCUCCUCAAGAGUUGCUGAAUCACGUGGCGGAUGAGUGCGUGUACUGCCGCUACGACACAAUCCUGCGUACAGGAGAGGACCCGCUGAAGCAGAAAUCCAAGCAAAAGAAGCCCCGACGAAAGAAGGCCAUGCCCACGAUGACUUCACUGCCUGUAAAUGGUGGAGAGGGUGACGCGAGUAUCGUCUCCACAAGCGAACUGAACCGCGCGAGCAGCACCAGCAUCGGCAGCAACACAAGUGGUCCUACCACGGGGAGACGUCAAUUGUCCCUUUCUCGAAGCUCAAUUACGUCAAUGCGAAGCAAGCUGUCGGAGGUUUCAAUCCCGAAGAAGUGGGGCUGGAGGCGGCGGUCGUCCACAAAUGCUAGUCAGCAGAACGACAGCGGGUCGUCUUCCGAGGCAGCCUCCGCGGAGGAUGGAGGUAGUGAUCACGGAUCGUCCAAUGAGGAGCUAGAGGAGAAGCAUGAUGAGGCCACGCACGAGAUGUUGCGUGCCGCGCUGGAGGAGCCUGAGGAUGUGACAGCCGACGCUGAUGGGGCAGAUGCUACGAAGGAUUCCAAGUUUGUGGGCGUCUUCACGAUAGACUAUAGCGACGAUGAAGACGAGGACAACAACGAGGAACUUACGACCGACAGCGGUGACACUGAAAGCGUAUCCAAGAGCGUGGAGCACGAGACUGUUCCCGCGGUCGGCGCUGUGGUGGGCAGCGAUGCGGACCCGACUGCGUCGGCAUGAUUGUCAACUGAAGGAGCAGAACGGAGUUUAAACAGAAAGUGGAAAUUUUGGGUGUUUAGCGCUGAGUGGUCAGCUCGUGGACGAGAAGGAGGUGGAUCGACCGUCUUUUAUGGAUGUUCAAUAGCCAUUAGCACCACCUCAGCAUCAGCCAACAGGUGCACACAUGUGCAAAUCGAUCAGUUGCGUUCAGGGAUGGUAAACUGUCUUUUAUUC